UUCGUUGCUACCACCCGCUACAGCUUGUGUUCGAAGUUAACACUUUCAUGAACAAAUUAGACGGGACACUUCUUAUGAUGUGGCGUCACAGGACCACCGACCAAUCGUUCCGGCAGUAUGUCUAUUUUAUUUUAAUUUCGUCUCUGUCCAAUGGGAAAUUGUGGGCGGCAACUAAGAGCUUGGCAGCACAAUUCUUCGCAAGAGUUUGUUUCUUCUCUCAUCUCUCUUUCCAACCCUGCCUCUCUCAUCCACCGGCUCAAAAAACUGUUUUGUAAACUCCCACAGAAAUUACAGAAUGGACAGUCUGUUCACUCUAAAGAAUAAUACCCCUAAAGUUGCAGGAAAUUGCGCUUAUGUUCAAUUACAUUAACAACGUGACACCCUCGCGUGGCGAAAUAUAAUAAAUGAUUCGAUCAUGGAGAGAGGGGCUUCUCUUGGAUUAUACCGGUGUGGUGUGUUACUGGUGGCAAUUCUAACAGCAUUUCCAUGCUAUUGUCACGGAAAUUGGAUGUGGCUAGGAUCCGCAGCCAGUGGAGUUACAGAGAAAAUGGGAUGGCUAGGUUUGCCGCUUUCAAACAAACAGAAAGAUCUAUGCAAAAGGAAACCCAGUCUUUUGCCAGCUAUUAAAGAAGGAGCUCGCAUUGGUAUUUAUGAAUGCCAACGUCAGUUUAAACACGAAAGGUGGAAUUGCUCUAUCACUAAUGAUUACUCUGUGUUUGACUAUGAGUUAACCAGCGGUACUAAGGAGAGCGCCUUCAUUCAGGCGGUAAUGGCGGCGGGGCUCGUGCACGCGGUGACGCGCGCCUGCAGUGCGGGAAAUCUGACCGAGUGCUCGUGUGACCGGAACCUUCGGAGCGGCGGGUCGGUCAACGAAGGCUGGCACUGGGGCGGCUGCUCCGACGAUCUACAGUACGGCAUGGCACUCAGCAGAAAGUUCGUCGACACGAGCAGAAAACCGGUGGACGGAGAACUCGGAGCAGGCAAAGAAGCGUGGACGACCAUGAUCCUGCACAAUAAUGAGGCGGGUCGACAGGCUGUGUCCAAAUUGAUGUCCGUGAAUUGCCGUUGUCAUGGUGUGUCUGGAUCAUGUGCGGUGAAAACUUGUUGGAAAACCAUGUCUUCAUUUGAUCAAAUUGGCCAAUACCUGAAAGAGAAAUAUGAGCACAGUGUCCAAAUCCUGGACAAGGCAAAGAAGAAGGCUCGGCGCAAGGACAAGGACCAGCGGAAAGUGCCCGUGAACAGGGAGGACCUGGUACACAUUAAAAAGUCACCCAAUUAUUGUGUAGAGGAUAAAAAGUUAGGCAUCCAUGGAACUCGGGGGCGUGAAUGUAACCGAACCUCUCCUGCUUCAGAUGGCUGUAACCUGCUGUGCUGCGGACGGGGAUAUAACACACAUGUUGUCCGGCAUGUGGAGCGAUGUGACUGUAAAUUUGUGUGGUGCUGUUACGUGCGUUGUCGGAGAUGCGAAACGAUGACUGAUGUACACACCUGCAAGUAGCUUAAAGUCAAACAGAACAAGGGGAAAGCUUUGCACCAAAGAAGCGUGAGCUCUUGCUGGUUUUAACGAGCAACUACACAAAGUUGAACAAGCUGUUUGUAAAACAUUUGCAUGGUCAUGACUUUCAGUCAAGUAGAGAAUAUUUAAAAAUAUUGCCAUUUGUAACUGAGCAAAUCCUAUGAACAAAAAUAUAAGACUAUCAUCGAAUAAAGUAACUGCUUUGUCUCAAAUUUAUAGAAAAAAAUCAAAAGAAAAGGAGCUGAAAGAAAACCACAGAUAGAGCAGCAGAAGUACUCGAAUACUAGUACACAAUACUGAAAUAAACAGCUGCAGAUGCUGGAAUCUGGAGCAAAAAAAAACCACUGGAGGAACUGAUCCAUUAGGCAGCAUCUGUAGAAGCAGAGGGAUAGCCAAUAGAUAGUUCUGAAUGGUCAUCUAUGCCACUGCCUCCACAGAUACUGCCUGACCUGCUAGAUCUUCCAGCAGCUCUUUUUUUUACUGGAAUACUAUAAGCCUUUUAGUGGAGAUGGAAUAUAGUAGUAUUUUAACAUUCCAAAUUAAAUGUUUGAAAACUUUGUAUUUUUACUUAAGUAUAGCAUAACUUAUAUAAAAUGACUGCUGUAUUUUGUUAAACCAUAGAAUAUGUUCAAAACCACAGAAGUAGCAUUGUCUGAAGUUGAAAUGUAAUAUUGACUUCUUGAAGAUAAAAUCUUCUAAAUUACUGAUCACUGAUGAAAAUGGAAACAUUGAGACACUGUAUUUCAGUUGCAUGGCAACAGUGUAUCUAAAACUAUAUUACUUACAAAGUAAAAUAAUUUAAGUUACUAGGGUGUGUUCUAAAGAAUAGUGGUUCACACCUUAGGAAAAUAUAUGUACAGAGAAUUUUAAUUUCAGAUGACAAGCAUUCUAACAGCUUAAUAUGUGUAAAUAUUUAACUUAUGCAAAAUGUGUAAAAGGUCAGCCAUAAUCUCACUGUAUAAAUUGUAAUUAUAGUUGUGCUAUGUUAUGUAUAAAAUGCAGUUGAGAAUUGAAAACAUUUAAAAUGUUUUUUUAUUGUUUUUGAUAUCUAAGGUUACCGAAAAUGUCAGUUUUGGAGUUUUAUUUUAGAUACAUGCAUGUCUUGCAGAAAAUAUCCUUAAAAGAGGAAAAUGUGUUUUUGUUAGAACAAAUGCAUUUUUAAAGUUAUCUUUUCUAAAAUUCUAAGAUUUUACCUAACUUCUAAACCUCUCGUUUCAGUAGGGAUUGUGAGCUGUGAAAAAUAACAUGACAGUGAAAAAUACCACAAGUCCAUUAUUUAUAAGGAGUUUUAGUUUAAUGAUGACCUUUGGUCUUAGCCUGAUUUGAUGUAAAGAUGAAAAAAAAACAAGUAAAAAUAAUUAUUUAGAAUCAAAUAAAGUUUGAUAUUUGCCUCCUUAGUGAAUUUAUUCCCAUUGGAAAGUCUGAGACUGUUAUGUUAACAUUUAGGCUUCAGCUUAAUAUAGUUAAAUUGGCUCAUGAUCCAACCAGAAAAAAAAUGUACAACAUUCAUGCAACUGAGUAUCAUAAAUUUAUAUGAAAGUAGAUUGUCAAAAAAUAAAUGAGAACAACUCUACUGAAUACUCUUGGCAUCUGCUUCUGUGCAUAUCUAGUUAAGUGUGGUGUUUUAUCAUUCUCCUUUAGCUUUGCAACUAACAACUCAACAUCUUCAAAAUAGCACAAAACAGGAAAACCAAAAUCUCUCCAUUGCACACUUAAAAACAGCCAAGUAAAUGAUAAGUGUUAUUGUUUAGGCAAUGCCUUGGAAAUUGUUCUACUCACAAAUAAGACUUUAAAACUGAUCCAUCCUCUAUGUAAAAUUUCACUGCAUAAUAAAAUUGAUUACACUCUUAACCAGUGUGGCAGUUAUGAAGUAUAAUCUUUUAAUUUAAUUGUGUCUAUAUCAUACUUAAUUGUUUUUUUAUUGUCAGGUAUUGAAAUACCUCGGGAAAACUUGUCUUGCAUAUUGUUCAUAUGGAUCAAAUGAUCACACAGUGACUUCAGGUAGAACAAGGUGCAAUUGCAAUAACAAUGCAGAAUAAAGCAUAGCAGCUACCAUGAACAUGCAGGUAAACAGCAAGGUGCAAGAUCAUAAUGUAGAUUGUGCAGUCGAGAGUCCACCUGAUCAUACUAGGGUACCAUUUAGUAGCCUUGCAACAGCGAGAUAGAAGCUACCCUUAAACCUGGUAGCACAUGGUUUCAUGCUUUUGUACCUUUUGCCUGAUGGAAGUGGGAGAAGAGAGCACAGCUGGAGUGGGUGUUGUCAAAGUGCUGCUCAGUCCUUUCAAAAUUAGAAUGAUAGCAAACUAAGGAAAAUGAAAAUAAAAUUUGGAGACGAUAAAUGUACAAAUUGUGUAAAGGGAAAUAUAGCAGCAUCAAAAUACUUAAAUGAAUAUAACAAUAGUCUGAAAUAUUUUUCCACCAAUUUGCAGUGAGUGAGACUGUAAUAAAGCUUGUAAUAAAUAUUGUAUUUGACAUAUUCUUUGAACUAAAGCUACAUCCUUUCUGUUUCUUCUGAUGUGUUAAUGAGAAUCAUUUGAGUACAGUUGCUUCUGGGCUGAAGUUUGUGGAAUCAGGUCCUACUCCAACACACAAAUCUGUGAAUCAUUUCCAGUGCAGAGCUGAGACACUGUCAGAGGUCUUGUCCUCUGGGUGAAAUGUUAAACCAUGACCCUGGUUGACUCCUGCAUAGACACAAGGGAUCCCAAGUCUUGAUUUCACAGAAAAGCAAGGAUUCUUAAUGUUCUGGCCAAACCAUGUUCAUUAAAAAUCACUGCUA